GGCACAGAUCAAACUGCAUCUCAGUGGAUUUUCACCCUUUUGGAGAGUUUUUCGCGUCUGGCUCAUUGGACACAAACUUGAAAAUCUGGGACAUAAGGCGCAAGGGGUGCAUACAGACAUACAAGGGCCACACUAAGGGGGUUAACUGCAUCAGGUUCAGCCCAGAUGGAAGAUGGGUGGUGUCUGGCGGAGAAGACGGUAUUGUCAAGCUCUGGGAUCUGACGGCCGGAAAGUUAAUGCACGAUUUCAAGCUACAUGAGGGCAGUCAAAUCAAUUGCCUCGAUUUUCACCCGUACGAAUUCCUUCUGGCGACAGGUUCUGCAGACCGGACUGUGAAGUUUUGGGAUCUGGAGACUUUCGAGAUGAUAGGCUCAGCAGGACCAGAGUCAUCGGGUAUCAGAUCAAUAAUCUUCACACCAGAUGGAAGGACGCUGUUAAGCGCUGCCCAGGAUAGCCUCAAGGUUUGGUCGUGGGAACCGCAGAGAUGUCAUGAUGUAGUGGAUGUAAGCUGGUCGAGGCUUGCAGAUGUUGCGCUCCACGAGGGUCGCCUUUUGGGAUGUGCAUUUCAGCAAAGCUUUGUAGGGGUCUGGGUGGUUGACUUGUCGAAAGUUGCACCAUUCUCUGCGGAGAUGACUGGGCGUACGAUGAUGGUUGGGACUGGCAGCAGUGUACGGGAUAGUGUGGUGAGCGAUGGUCGCGCAGGGUUCCCUAAUGGUCCUUGGAAUGACACAAUGGGCAGAAAUGGUACCUGCAGGAGGUCGUGUCCGGAACUCUCCACUUCAGAUAAUAGCGCACAUAAAGAUGUCCAGGCCUCAUCCACGGGAAACGAAGCUUCAAGUACCAUCAACCAGCACGCCGGUCCAGUUUCUCCACGGAAACCUGUGCGGGGACCACCACCGCAUACUGUGCAAGUGCCGUCCACCGCAUCUUCUGCCCAGUCAGAGCCAGCUGCUGCGGGUCUUCCAUUGCCGGGAACGGCUGUAGGGUCUUUGCCGGAGGGCGUUCCUGUGAAUGGGUCCCUGGAAGUCACGUCGGGUGGUUCGCGGAACCCACGAGGGUGUCUGAGGAACGGAGACAGGUUACAUGUAGCUGUGCCACCACCCGAAGAUGCGGAACGGCACUCUCGAAAUGCGGCGCCGAAGCAGUCUGGGAGGGUGGAUGAUGAAUCGUGGGAAGGGCGGGGUGAGUCUUUGGGAAUGCCAAGCUCGGCGGCGAGUGGAGUUUGCGUAAGUAUGGACCGAGGGAGGACGGUUGCUCCUGCUGGAGAGGCGGAAUUCCAUUCGCGAAGCGCAUCCGGAAUGACGUUAACGGGAGAGCCCCAUCCUAGCGCAAAUGGGUUUGGACCCGAAACAGAUGGUUCGGGAUAUGCAUCUGGGCCUGGGAGAGGGUCAUUAGGGAGUUCAGGGACUGCGACGAUGACGACGACAACAGCCACAGCCGCACAUUCUGGUGGUGGCUCUGAUGAUGAGCGGAGACCGUUGGAGGCAGACACAAGAAGAGAUCCGGCGGCAAGUGGGCCGAGCAUGAGCGGACUGUCGGUCAAUUGGAGAUUAGGAAGGCGGUCCAGAGAGGUUUCUGUUUCUGAUGGGAUGUUAAAGUCAGAUGCUCUUCUUCGGCAUGCGCCAGGUCAUGUUGACGGUUCUGCAUACAUGAACGAUGCGUUUUCGAUUAAUUUUGCAAGGGAGCGGGAGAGGACUCUCAGCCAGUCUGUACACUUUACACGGGGCUUCGAUGUGGUGCGAAACGGCCCGAUGGGGCUUGAUAUCAAUGCCUUCCUUCCGGAGGAGGAGGAGGAGGAGGAGAAGGAGGAGGAGAAGGAGGAGGAGAAAGAGGAGAAAGAGGAGAAAGAGGAGAAUUGCGGUAAUCAUGAUGGGAUCAAGAUUCUUGAUGUUGAGCAAAUGCUUGGAGGAGGAGGAGGAGGAGGAGGAGGAGGAGGAGAGGAAGAUGAAGCAGCUGGGAGGAGGAGAAGAAGAAGAGAGGAAGCUGCUGGAAGAGUAGCAGCAGCAGGAGGAGGAGGAGGAGGAGGAGGAGGAGGAGGAGGAGAAGAAGAGGAAGAAGGAGAGGAGAAGAGGAAGAUGAAUAGGGAGUGGCAGGUUGUGCGCACAUUCUGGGUUAAGAACGACAUGAAAGGUGCUGUCGAGGCACUUGAGAAAAUGGCCGACCAUUCGGUUCUGGUCGAUGUCUUGAGUGCUUGGGUGGAUAGAUCUGAGCUCUUCACGCUGGAGAUUUGCGCGUUGCUUCUACCCCUUCUCAAGAAUCUCUUGACAAGUCAAUAUGACAGGUACUUGACAAUUGCAAUCUCUGUUAUCUCCCUGCUGUUGAAGAGCUUUGGGUCAAUCAUUCAAGAAACGAGGCUGGCAGCACCAUCUGCACCUGGAGUAGAUCUUAGUGGGGAGCAGAGGUAAUUGCAUCACCCUAUUUUUUUCUUCUCUUAGUGUUAAAAAAAAAAAAAAAAAAAAAAAAAAAACACGUAUUGCUUCUGAAACAUUGGCGAAAGCAUUGCAAAGAAGAAAAAAAAGAAAACAUCAAACAAAAACAGAACUUAAAG